CUCGUGUGUUGAGGUUACUUGGCAUUCUGGGACACAAACAGUAGUUGGUACGAAUGAAAGCGACAACAGCAGCGCCAAGCACUAAAGGAGGGACGGCGAAGAGACAAACAAGCGACUACCGAAGGGACAAACUGCGUUGAAGCACCCGUUUUACGGCUCGUGCUCGUGGGAUUCGAGAGAAGCCGAGCCGGGGGCCAACUGAGUGCGGUUUUAGUGUCAGAGCUCCAGCGCUGGUAUUUAUCCUCGAGACGUCUGAAUAGCUAAACGGCGGCAGUGAAGUUAGCCUCGCAUUGAUUUUUGCUACUGUUUUGGGCUAGAUGGGAACACGAUUAUCUUCGUUUGAUGUCCCUUCAGUUCGUCUUUUUCCGCUCCGGGCAGAUUUUCCUGUCUGUUUACUCAGUGUGAAAACUGUGAAUAUGGCGAGUGUUCGGGACAACGACAGCGAAACUUGCUCUCCCGAGUCACUGGACUGGUACAUCACCCAACUAGUUUACCCAAGAUAAACACCACCUCGCUGGAUAACCCAUGAAAUGGCCAAGAAGCGAUUUAGUUCAUCUUUGUGUCUCUUUUGCUGUCGGAACAGCACAUUUAUUGACUACUGCUGCUGAAAUCUACAUAUGAAAAUAUAAACUUUUCCUGCAUUGAACCUGAACUGAUCAGCACCUUUCGGGCUGGAUGUGACAUCUGUCCGGAAGGAUCUACCAUCACAGCAGUCUCCAGGUCAUCUGAGCCGUACUUCUGGUCCCCGGAGCUUAUUUGAGGGUCAACAUGUCAGCGUCUGGGGUCACGACCGUGCAGCUGUUCACCAAGCUUGUCAAGUAUGCAGUGGGCAAGACGCAGAUUCAUCUGAACCGCUGGCUGCAGAGGACAGCUAUAGAUGACUGUGACAAAAUAGACAUCCUGGUCUGCAGCGCCUUUGAUGAGAGAGGGGCCGGUGUGGGGAAGUCCGAUGUGGACCCUGAGGUGAUGACUGACUCUGGAGGGGUGGCCUUCACCAGCAGCGGAGAGUUCAGACACCCCUGUUGUAUCACCACCUUCUGCUUCAAGAGUGCUCUGCUGGCAUGCAUUCUGACAGCUGUGUGCUUCUCCUCGGUCGCCCUUGUGCGACAGUACCUCAAGGACCUCCUGCUCUGGGUGGAGAGCCUCGACAGCCUGGUUGGAGCCAUGCUUUUCAUAGUUGGUUUGAUUAUUGUGUCGUUUCCAUGUGGAUGGGGAUAUAUUGUUCUCAACGUGGCAGCUGGAUAUCUCUAUGGCUUUGUGCUGGGCAUGGGACUGGUUAUGGUGGGAGUUUUAAUAGGUACGUUUGUAGCACACCUGGUGUGCAAAAGGUUGCUGAGUGACUGGGUGCUGAGCAAAGUAGGGAACAGUGACCAGCUCAGUGCCGUUAUACGAGUGGUGGAAGGAGGAAGUGGACUCAAAAUCGUGGCCUUAGCAAGACUCACCCCGAUACCAUUUGGGCUCCAAAAUGCAGUUUUUUCGAUCACAGAUGUGUCCUUGCCCAACUACCUGGUGGCCUCCUCUGUGGGUCUGCUGCCCACACAGCUCCUCAACUCCUACCUGGGCACCACGCUACGCACGAUGGAGGACGUCAUCGCCGAGCAGAGCGUCAGCGGCUACUUUGUGUUCAGCCUGCAGAUCAUCAUCAGCAUCGGUCUGAUGUUCUACGUGGUCCAUCGGGCUCAGGUGGAGCUGAACGCAGCCAUCGCCGCCUGCCAGAUGGAGCUGAAGUCCUCACACAUGAACGGCUCCUCCUCCAGUCAUGGGGGCUUCUCUUACUGCAGCAAGAGGGCGGCGGCUGGAGGUGCGGCCUGCAUCAACGUGGUCUGACUUCAGCCGACCGCGGCUCUGACGCUCGUAGGACUGCGUUUUAACGGAGUUAAGAACGAGCGUGCCGGAGGCGUCGUUUUUCUUCAUGCGAUCGUAUUCCGGCCAGCCGUUUGGGAAAACCCUGAGCCUCUUUCCUGUUUUUCUAGUUUUAGGCACGUGGGACCACGCGCCUUUGUCGAACCUCUGCCGUGACGAUUGGUUUGCUUUACAUUAUUGGGAGUUUUUGUAAUUACCGUUAAAGAACCUCUUAAUACUUGCUGUUACAGGAGAUGUCAAUGAAAUGCUGACGUUUAGUAGGAUCUCAUGGGUCGUGGAGAACACGGCAAGGCUUUAACUGCCUGCUGUCUUUGAUAUGAAUGUGCAAUUUGGAACUUUCUUGAGAACCAAGGAACUGAUUUUGUGUUGCUAACCUAUGCACCUUUAUUUCAUACUGUUCCUUCUGGUUUUGCUUGGUUUCAGGGGACUUUGUCUACAUUUGUUGCUCGUUUAGAGCAAACAAAAUAAGGGCAUUAAUAACACAUUUGAAUAUAUAUAAAUAUAUUUUAUUUUGUCUAAUUUUUCUAAGUGUCUUUAAAGGAGAAGAGAGGGAAGGCUCUCUGUGACAUCAGCUGACUUACCCAGAGAGGGCUUUUUGAGGAAGAUGAGCCGGCUUCACGGCAGGAAACUCAGGAAUGCUUUUUCCGAGACGUUUUGAGUCCGAGGAUACGGAGGCAUUCCCACACUAAAGUGCGAUGUCCUGGAAAAGGCUCAGAUCUAUUUACUUUCAACUUUUUCUUUACUUUUUAAGGCGAGAUGAUCAGCUAAGGUUUAUUGUGAUUUCUUUGACUAAUUAGUGCAAUACGUGUUAAAGAGGGGAUGAGAAGGCAUGAAUGUGCUAAAACCAAACUAAUCCAACAAAAUCCUGUCAUUAAAUGGAAGUAACACAAACCUUGCGUGUCUAUUAGGUUUGAUGUUGAGAUAAUCGUACUGAACGGACAUGAAGAGGCUUUUAUUUUUAGGAGCCUUAAAGAAAUGCACUGUAAAAUCUGAUCAGUUACUCUUACCGGAAAAAAGAUUGUAAACCGAUUGCAGUUAAAAUAAUAAGUAGGUAAUUAUGUUGGACACAAAAUGUGUAUAAAGUCAAAUGCAUUUAAAUACAAGCUACUACAACUAAGAAAAACCAAUUAAAUGGUAAAUGGCCUGUAUUUAUAUAGCCCCCCCAAGGCACUUCACAACACAAUCAGUCAUUCACCCAUUCACACGCUGGUGACGAUGAUGAGCUACGAUGUAGCCACAGCUGCCCUGGGACACAUGAUGGAAGCGACAGGUUCCUCCGACCACCAGCAGACUAGUGUUAAGUGUCUUGCUCAAGGACACAUUCUCUGGCGGGAGCUGGGAUCGAACCUGCAACCUUCCGAUUACUGGAACACCCGCUCUACCUUCUGAGCUACUGCCGUCCCUUGUAGAUAUGAAGUACUUAGGAAAUAGCUUACUAAAAUAGUACUUGGAUCUUAGUUAAAGCAGUAGUUCCGAGUCUUCCCCUAGUAAAAUGUAUAUUUGACUUUUUUAUAUAUUUGAGUUUAUUCUUUACUUUUUCUAUUUUUUUUUUUUUUUUUUUGCUAGGUCCACCCCGGUACCAUAGAGCCUUAUGUAAUAUUACUUAGUAUAUUAAAUGAUAAAUGACCCGUACUUGUAUAGCGCCUCUCAGAGUAAGGACUCCAAAGCGCUUUACACUACAGUGUAUCAUUCAUCCAUUCACACACACAUUCACACACUGAUGGUGAUGAGCUACAUUGUAGCCACAGCUACCCUGGGGCGCACUGACAGAGGCGAGGCUGCCGAGCACUGGCGCCACCGGUCCCUCCGACCACCACCAGCAGGCAAGGUGGGUCAAGUGUCUCGCCCAAGGACACAACAGCAGAAAUCUCUGUCUGGAGCCGGUAUCGAACCUGCAACCUUCCGAUUACUGGACAACUUGUUGAGCUACUGCUGCCCCUAAUAUUACCGCUCAGCAUUAGCCAGUAGCGUUAAACAUCCGCCUACGUACAGAUGAUGAUCGCGGAGCGUGCGUUAGCAGAAGUACCCAGACAGACGCAGACUUGGCAACAUGUCUUAUCGACAAUUAAAUUUAAAAUGUGUAUAUCUGAAAAAACAGCGUGACGUAAGAAUAACUGUAAAACUGGGUGAUUUAGCGCUGUUGCGUGGCUAGAUGCGCAGCAUGAAUGAGAGGCAUGGCUUUCAGCCGUAACUACAGAAGUAGGGAGAGGGAAUGAAAGGUGCGAUGCGUUUUGCUGCCUCUAGAUGGAGCCCUCUGAGAACAAACUCUGGAUUUCCACUUUAAGCAGUAGUAGCCCGUAAGUACGUUUUUAAUUACUUUGUACUGGUUUGUCUCUGUUAUAGUGACUUGCAAUUAAGUGGAUUUUACUUUGUACACAUUAGUGGCUCCAACACACUUAUCAUGUGUACUUAAUAUUGUACCUGCCAUCAGAUCCCAUGCUAUUUUUCAAGUAAGUGUAACUAAUCCGAUUUUAGAGUGUAAAAACUUUAAUUGUGAGGACAGACGUCACCUGUGAACGCUCUGUGUGUGUCUUUUAGCUCUUCAGACAACAAAGUUCUCCUGCUGUAGUCUACUUUGCACAAAGCCCGCUGCAAUAAACGUUUUCAUACAGAUGUGUUGAACUAGGAAGACUUUUGGUUGAACUGGAAAUUAAAAGCUGACAAUCAAACGCAACACAGACAUUACAUAAAGAAUGUGGUACUAUGUUUUUAUUUUAUUACAUUAUGAUGCUGCUUCCCAGACAAAGUCUGGUAGAGGAAUAAAAAGGGCUUCUAUGUGAUUGUUUUUAUUCGUCUGAACACAUUCCACGCUGUCAGUCCUCUGAGAAGCUGUUAGUUUCUCAUGUUGAAGAUCCACUUCCUGUUUAAAUUUAGCAAUAAUUCAGUCAACAGCAAAGAUAAGAGAAGAAAAAAAACAUUUAUCCGUAAAAUCUUUUGCCAAGGUUCUGGAAUUUGGAAUUGUUCAUUCCCAGCGUUGUUUAUUUGACUGUAAUGAAUGAUUGUGACUAUUUCCAAGUCCGUGUUGACGUGUUCAGCCUGCCUUUUUUUUUUACCUCCUGCUGCCUCUGAUGGAAAUUUCUGCUGCCAACGAUGUGAACGGCAUGUCACCAGACGACUAAAUGUGACAGCUACCUUUUGUAGCACUUUGUUUGGAGAGUUCCUAAAAAAACAACUAGAUGUUUAGCUGAUUCACUUUAUUGUCGCGUGAACAUCUUCAACCGCCGUUUAUUUAGUCUGUAACAAAAACAAGUAGACAGACGAUAUUUAGCCUUUUAGAUGCAUCUCUUUUUCACUCUUUUUUUUUUAAAUAUCAAAAGUGUGAAAAAUAGUCGACCAAAACUCUUAAAAAGUGUCUUAAUGGAAAAUAUUCAGAUCAAAGGUGGAAAACGAUGCUUUUCAUACAGAAUUUAUGAAACUUGAUUGGCAACACACUUAUGAUGAUUUCGGUGUCUCGUUGGACACUUUAAAAUAUUUCGUUUAAAUGUGCGAAAUACAUGAAAGGUUCUUUGUAGGCUUAUCUCUGAAAUAUAGUUAUGCAACACCUGAUUCUGAAGGGAGGCGUGAGCUGCAAUACUUCCCGGUCUGUAUCAAGUGCAUUACAAAUAUACUGUAUUUUGUAAUACGGAGAGUUUUACAGUGUAUAAAAGCUAUUUAUCACUGUAUGAUGCUUGUUCAGUGUUAUUUAUGAUGGAGACAAUAAAAUAUCUCAGAAUUUGUUA